GUUGCAGCUGUGGUAAUAGUUGAAGUCCAUGGGGAAUGGAUGCCAAUCGUCGACACCAUAGAAUAGGAAGACUGCCUCUGUUACUUGUUGCCAUGACUACACAGUUCACUUAUCAGAAUUGCUUAUACUAAAUGUUGCGAUAAAGGGUAGCAGUCUGUAUAGAUUUCAGCUUGCCCAUUGGCCACAAUUGACGAAGAAACCCGGUCGCCCCUUGUGCGGGUGCUCACAACGGUGAUGGAGACGGAGGAGGCACAAAGUUACUUCAGUAAGCCAAGCGAUGCUGCAGAGCACCCCGAUUUCGCCAUACCGGUUCAGGGGCAGGGCCGGGUGCAGGAGCAGCCGUGUGGUGACGGCGAGCAGCGAGGGGAGCAGGACGGGCGGCUGCCGCAUGUGGCGCUGCGGGAGCCGGAGGAGCAGCGGGCGCUGGGGGAGCGGGAGGAGCAGCGUGAGGCCGCGGUGCAUGAGGGGCUGAUGUGCGGGCCGCCGCAUGGGGCCGAGCAGCAGCAGCAGCAGGUGCAGCAACAGCAUGCGUCGCAGCAGCUGGAGCAGCAACAAGUGUCGCUGCCGCUGGAGAGGCUGCAAGACCCUCAGCAGCAGCUGGCGCAGGAUUUGGCCGCUGCGGUUGGCAUUCCGGAGCAGCAGUGGGAGCCACAACUUCCGCAACCCCAGCAGCCGGGGCCGCCAUCUGAGGAGCAGCAGCAGACCCCGCAGCAGUCGACACCAGCAGCAGCAGCAGCAGAGGGACAUGUGCCUGAGCUGCUGCAGGGGCCGCCCAUGGCUGAGCUAGGGUUUGGGCUUGCACCCUCGGCAUCUGGGCUGGGGCUGCUAGGGCCGGAGGAGCAGACGUCUGAGGGGCGGGGGCAGGCAGCCGUGCAUGAGGCGCAGCAGCAGCAGCCACAAGUGGCGGGACAGCCGCCGCUGCAGCCGCAGCAGACGACGCAGGCAGACCCGGAGGCCGCAACGACGCAGGCGGAACCCACAUCCGCCGCGCCGCCGGCGGAGGCGUUCGGGGCGUCUGCAGCAGCGGCAGAUGCAGUGGCUGCGGCGGCGGGUGCAGUGCGGGUGCAGUGCGAGAGGGAGCACAUGCAGCUCCCUAACGGGAAUCCGAAGCCGGAGAUCUCUCAGCAGCUGCACCCGGGGUCCCUUCCGGCGGCCGGGGCGGGUGCGGUGCCGUACUUGCCCGGGAGUAGCAGCAUCAGCAGCAAUGGCGACGCGGGGAGCAGCUUCAUGCCAGUAAGUGUGACGACAGCAGCAGCAACAGCGGCAGCCCCGACGAUGGCGGCGGCGAACCCUGUGUUUGCUCGAUUCUCCAUGCCUGCCGCCGCCGGCACGGAGGUGACAACCGCGGCCCAUACGGCUGCUGCCGUACUGCAGCCCCGCUACUCCGGCGGAGGCGUCGCUCGGAGUGGCGGCGGAGGCGGAGGCGGGCAGCCAGCUGGGGUCGGUGCCAGCGGGGCACCAGGGGGGUCGCUGCGUGGCUCCAUGGCCGCUGCCGGCGCCGCCGUCGCUGCUGCUGAUGCCGAUGAGGUUCUCCUUAUAGACCCCACAACAGCGACGACCCACGGGUCAGCGCUGCUGCAUGAUACCGUACCUGCUGCCAACGGCGCCGUACUGCUGCACGGCCACAUGCACUCCGGACCGCUGGGCGGAGGCCUCCCGGGUGCCGGGGGUCACUUCUUCGGCUCUUCAGCGAACGGAGCAGCAGCGCCGUACCCGCAUCUGGUGACGUCAGCAGCGGCGGCUGAGGGGCCGGGUCAUGUGGCGGUGGCGGCACCUCUGUCCGCCUCGCCUCGUGCCCUCACGGUCCCUCACUCCAUGGUCCCCAUGCACGGGCAGCAGCUGCAGCCCAACCAGCAGAAGCCGGAGUCGCUGUUCGUGCCUUCGCCCCGCCUCCCCGGGUACGGUGGGGCCGCAGCAGGGCCAGCUGCUGCUGUGGGGCUGAAGACCGAGGAGGAGGAGCGGCAGUCCGGUGCCGCCCCGGCCAGUCCGCCGGCCCGCACCCCGGGACCCGCCGCCCCCGCCGCCUCAGCGCCCCCUGUCGUACCCGCCGCCGCCGCAGCAGCAGUGGCCAGCCCCCGCCCCAGCCCCAGUCGCGGCCCCAGCCACGGCGGCGUGCUGCUGCCGGGUGGGCGCUGCGACGUGUGUCGGCGGCUGAAGAAGGGGCGCUGCGGCACCAGCACCUCCUCCCUCAAGUGCGAGUACCGGCGGCUGAACAACCUGCCGUACGCUGACCCCGUGACAGGUGAGCGAGUGCUCCCCCCGGGCUACCUGGUGUCCUCCGAGGAAGACGACGAAGCGGCAGCUCAGGCGGGGCUGGGGCAGGCAGCUGCGGCCGCCGCCGCCGCUGCCGCCAGCGGAGGCGGCAAUGGGCCCGCGGCGCAGCUGCCCGGCGGCGGACACUUCACGCGUGGAGGUGCGGCGGCGGCAGCGGCAGCUGCCGCCGCGGCAGCAGCAGCAGCGGCGGGAGCCCCCUCGCCAUCCAUGUCCAUUGACGGGGAGACGGGCUCUGCCGGCGGCGGUGGCGGCGGCGGCGGCACCCCCACCAAGUCGGCACGCAGCGGCGGCAGCCGGCCCGGUCCCCGUCCUGGAGCGAGGCUGGCGGCGCGAGGUGCAGGGGUGGCGAUGUCGCCAGCCGCCUCAAACGGCUCGCCGCAUAAGGGAUUAGGGGGUGCGAGGACACCCAAGUCUGCAGCCGGUGGCGGCGGCGCAAGAAACCAUGCUGGCGGCGGCGGUGGCGGCGGGACCAAAUCCAACAAGCAACCCGGCGGCGGCGGCGGCGGCGGCACCAAGGGCGGCUCCAACCGUGUCGUCGCCAACCCGGUCAUGGAGCCUGAAAGCGAGCUCAUCUUUGACCCGGACGCUGAGCUGGCUCUGGCGGCUGCGGCCAUGUUCGACACGCCCUCGCUUGGCGGCAGCGGCGGCGACGGCGACGGUCUCAUCGAUGACAUGUUGCUGGGUGGCCUGGGCGGCAUGCUGGACGGCCCACUGCUGGAAACAAACGACAUGCCGCUUCCGCUGCCGCCGCCCUCAGCAUCCUCCUCGCUGCAAACCACACAGCAGCGCCCGCAACAGCAGCAGCAGCGGCAGCAAUCCCAGCAACGGCGGCGGAGCAGCAGCGGCGACGAUAACGGCGACAGAAGCGGUGGCAGCGGCGGCAGCAAGCCUGCUGCUGCGGCGGCGGCGGCACCUGGCGGCAAGGUUCAGAGUGUGGCGGCGGCGCAGGCGGCGUUGCAGUCGGCCCAGGCGGCGCUGUCCUCCGCUCAGGCGCACCUAGCUGAGCUGGACCGCAGCUGGCGGGGCGCGGAGCAGCGCACGGCGGAGCGUAAGAAGCAGCUGGCGGAGGCCAAGGCCGCCAAGCUCCAGGAGCUGGAUCAGGUGCAGCAGGCGCUGGCAACCCGGCAGGCGCACGUGCAGCAGGCCAACGAGGCGGCGGCGGCGGCUGUGGAGCUGCGGCGGCAGCUGGAACGAGCCCGAGCGCAACUGGCGGCGCUAGGGGCAGGAAGCGCAGGAGCGGCAGCAGGGCAGCAGGCGGCGCUGAUGCAGCAACAGCCGGGUGUUUGCGGCGGCGCGGGGUCCGGGGCGGUGGCGGGGAGUGCGGGUGCGGCAGGGAGCGGAGCAGGAGUCCCUGCCACCGCCGCCGCCGCUGUCACCGCCGCCGCUGUCACCGCCGCCGCUGAGGAGUCCUCCUCGCCUGCCUGCGACACCGCGGACUUCCUGGUGCAGGGGGACGAGCCGGGCUGCGAGCAGGCGCCUGCGGUGGCGACUACGGCUGCACCGCCGCCGCCGCCAGCAGCAGCAGCAGCACCCGUGGCAGCGCAGGUAGCGGCGGGCAGCGCAGGCGAGGCCGGGGGCACUGCCGAGGGGCCUGGAGGAGGCGGAGGUGGAGGCUUGGCGGCAGCGGAUGGAAGUGCACAAGGGCCCUCUGGUUUCCCGGCAGCUCAACCGCACGGGGAGGCGUCUGCUGCUGUUACCGCCGGCGGCGGCGGCGGGGGGCCCUCCUCCAGCCAGCUGACAGCCCCGCAGCACGCAGCCCCGCAGCAGCAGCAACAGCAGCCUGCUGAGCAGCCGGCGGCACAUGCCUCUCCCGCGGCAGCAGCCUCAGCGGGCCCCUCGCGCCAAACCCCGCCGCACCCGCACCCAAACACUCACGCGCAAUACCAACAGCAGCAGCAGCCGCAGCAGCAGCAGCCGCAGCUGGGCUCCCCACCUGCGCAUCCGGCCGUACCACCAUCCCAUCCGCAGCCACACCAGCAACCCCAGCAACAUCCCGGCGACAGGAACCCGCAUGGCGGCGGGGACAGGGCCGAGGCAGGCGCGGCCCAUUCCACUGAAGCCGGAGCUGUUCGUAGCCCGCACGCGCCCCCACAUGCGAACCAGCUGCUGCCACCGCAGCCGCAGCCAAGCGGGCCGCAUGCGGUCCAAACAUCGCCGCAAGCCCAGAGCUUACAGCAGGAGCAGCAGCAUCGGCAACAGCAGGAAGCGAUGCAGAAGCAACAGCAUGCGAUACAGCAGCAGCAACAACAGCAAAUGUUGUUACAGCAACAGCAACAACAGCAAGCGUUGCUACAGCAACAACAGCAGCAACAAGCAUUGCAACAGCAACAACAGCAGCAACAGGCGCUACAACAGCAGCAUGCGAUGCAGCAGCAGCAGCAGCAGCAGCAAGCGCUAAUGCAGCAGCAGCAACAACAACAGCAACAGCACCACCAGCAUGCUUUGCAGCAACAGCAACAACAGCAGCAGCAUCACGCCCUGCAGCAACAGCAACAGCAAGCGCUGCAGCAGCAACAAGCGCUACAACAACAGCAAGCACUCCAACAGCAGGCCCUCCAACAGCAACAACUCCUUCAGCACAUGCAGCAACACCAGCAGCACCACAUGCAACACAUGAACCCCCUCAUGCAGUUGCCUGGGGCCCCACAGCAGCAACAGCAGCAGCAGCAACAACAGGUGCAAGCCUUGCAAUACCAGCAAGCUGCCGCUGCUGCCGCUGCAGCCGCCGCUGUGCAACAGCAGCAACAGCAGCUCCUGCUGCAGCAGCAGUUUUACGCCACCCAGCAGCAGCAACUACACAUGAUGCAGCUGCGGAUGCUCAUGCAACACCAGGCGCAGGCACAAGCCCAAGCUGCAAUGAUGCGGCCCCAGACGCCCCUCGCAGCAGCAGCGGCAGCCGCCGCUGUUGCGCACCCUCACCCACACGCCCAAGCAGCACCGCCGGGCAAGUCGCCUCCUGCGCUGCAAGCUACAGCACAGGCGCCGCCCGCAGCAGCACAGGGCGCCGUGCCGACUCACGCGCCUCCUUCGGCGCAGCUUCACGAUCCCGGGAGACCCCAAGGAGCCUGAUGGGAGUGCUGUUCGGUGGCUAGAGAAGAGCCGAGCGGAGCUGAGCGGGGUGCUUCGAGUACCUCGGCACAUGUGGUAGGCUUGUUAGGUGCGGCCUGUGGUUUCGGCAUUUCGUUGUGCAAUGUGGAUCUGUAUGGGCCUCGGGGAUGACAAGGAAUGAAUGCGCUCGGCCGCGUAUUUAGAGAAACGGAUGGCAGUGUAACUUGGAUGUGGGCGUCGCGAUGCUGCGUGGCGGGUUUGGUACCGGGUCGUGUCAGGCCCAGUUGCCGGGCACUGCCGCCGAGUGUUGUUCGGGCUUCUACUUAAGGGCGCUUUAACCUUGAGGAGCGACGGGUGUUUUUACCCGAGGAAGCGAAUACAGGGAGCGGUAGAGGAGGAGUUGACUGAGCGGUAUGUUUCUCGGCGGUUGCAAGCAUAUCACAUCCUGCACCCUUUAUAUUGGAUGACAAUGUUUAUGUUUUGUGGGUUGUGUAGGGAUCUGUGAGGCAUGCGCGCCGCGAGUGGUGGGUGUCCUAAAAUGUUUACGUAUUAUGACGGACAUUGCUUGGACCCGGUGAUGCAGCGCCGUAGCGCCGUUUCAGGCGAUAAGAGACAGUUGAAACCUUCCAAAUACUUGGACUUAUGACGGACGAUGCGUUGCAAGUUGCGACGAAGUGAGCUCUAGCGAAGGACCUGCUGUCUAUCUUAAAG